UGUCGCUGUCGUCCGUGGCAACCUUCACUAAUCCCCCCCCCCCCCCCACAUUUAACUCGCGAUGCACCCUUGAACAAGUUCACGGGUCGCAAUCUGACCAGAAGAGGGCAUUCCGAUUCUCUCCUGACAAAGUUGCCUUGACAUGCAGACGUGAUUAACAACAGCGUCAUGCUACAUUUCAAACCGAGCCACAGCGAGCAUGUAAGGAGGAUUUCGACAGAAAAAGUGGAUCCUUGGAUGUUCGAUUAUUCCACGAGACUCGUUGACUGCGUUUCACAGACUUGUGGAUAGCCGAGCGUUACUUUCCUCUGUGCGCCAUCCUCGGAUCAGACUGAGCAUCCUUGAGAAUAGAGACGCCAGGGUUUUACUGGGGAGAGGAAUCUAAAGGGCUGCUGGACUCGAGAGGAAAAUAGCGUCCUGUGUUUGGUUUUUUUUGCAUCAUGCCCCCGUAUUUGUGAAGUUUCGAGACAGGAUUUGAUCACGGAUUCCUCAUGCGCAUGUGAGACUGACAUGCAUUACUUGGAUGUGGCUUCGUUAUUGUCUGCGCCUACUGCAGUACUCUUUUUGGCUUCGGUUCCUUCGCUGUGAAGACAUGGUAUGGGAGUUCCAAAACGGAUUUUUGCACCUCUAAAAUCUGGAGUUGGAAGUAAAUGACAUUCGCCCUGUUUCCGCUCUACGGUUACAGAUGCAGAACUUGACCGGAUAGCACAUCCAGGUCCGGAAGAGUAAAGGGCAGGUGCGCUUUGGAGUCGGCGGCUGCGCGGAGAGACCGGGCUAGUGGAUUAGGACGGUACCUGUCUGUGGAGAGCGCGUCAUGCGGACUCGGAUGUCGCGCACCACAAGCCAUUAAAACCUGUAGGCUGGAGCUGACAGAUAAGCCGAUAUGGGCUCUGCUCUGCGGCGUCGCUGGCUAGUGGUCCAACUCCUGAUGCAGGUGUGGCUGGCGGCAAAUCCAUCUUUGAGUGAGCGCCCGUGCCCCAAGAGCUGUCGCUGUGAUGGAAAAAUUGUCUACUGUGAGUCAAGCGCCUUUCGUGAUGUCCCCAAGAACCUCUCAGGAGGCUGUGAAGGCCUGUCUUUACGGUACAACAGCCUCGCCAGUCUUCGCGCAGGCCAGUUCGUAGGACUCAACCACCUCAUCUGGCUUUACUUGGACCACAAUUACAUUGCCUCUGUGGAUGGAAUGGCCUUUCAGGGUGUCCGCAGACUCAAAGAGCUGAUUCUAAGUUCCAACAAGAUCACGUCGCUCCACAAUACCACAUUCCACCCUGUCCCUAAUUUGCGUAAUCUGGACCUGUCGUACAACAAACUGCAGGCCUUGCAGCCAGGGCAGUUCCAGGGCCUAAGGAAGCUUCUCAGCCUUCACAUACGUUCAAACUCUCUUAAAACCGUACCAAUGCGUCUGUUCCAAGACUGCAGAAAUCUCGAGUUCCUUGAUCUGGGUUACAACCGCCUGCGCAGUAUCACUCGGAAUGCAUUUUCGGGCCUAGUAAAGCUCACUGAACUGCAUCUGGAGCAUAACCAGUUCUCAAAAAUUAAUUUCUCUCACUUCCCACGCCUCUACAAUCUGCGGGCACUUUACUUGCAGUGGAAUCGCAUUCGCUCUAUGAACCAGGGCCUGACCUGGACCUGGGCCUCCAUCCAGAAACUGGAUCUUUCUGGAAAUGAUCUGAUGGAAGUGGAUGCUGUUGUUUACCAAUGCCUACCCAACCUGCAGACCCUCAAUCUGGACUCCAACAAGCUGAACAAUGUCUCCCAGGAGGUGGUUGAUGCCUGGAUAUCUUUGACUACAAUUAGCUUAGCUGGUAACGUAUGGGACUGUGGCCCUGCCAUCUGUCCUCUGGUGGCCUGGCUAAGAAAAUUCAGAGGGGCAAAGGAGACCACCAUGAUCUGCGCCUCCCCUAAGAAAGCCCAGGGGGAGAAAGUGAUGGAUGCUGUCGAGGCUUUUGGUGUUUGCCAAUCAAACCCAUUGACAACCCUGACCGUGAGUAGUCCUCCAAGUCCAUCCAGCGUCCCUGUGCAGAGUGAACGCCACCCAGCCACUCUGUCUACCGGUUCUGGAAAGAGAGGAGAGGGGUCAAUCAGAGGCCCCACAUUGUCAGUUGUUACCCCACCUGUCGCACUUCCCCCAGAGCAAGACUUGGAGCCUGUGUCCUUCCAUAAGAUUGUGGCUGGAAGCGUUGCCCUUUUUCUAUCUGUCGCGAUGAUCUUGUUGGUAAUCUACGUGUCUUGGAAGCGCUAUCCUAGCAGUGUCAAGCAGCUGCAGGAGCAUUCGGCAGCAGCCCGCAAACGCCGCAAGAAAUCUAGAGAGACGGAGCGCACCCUGAGCUCUCCACUGCAGGAGUACUAUGUGGACUACAAGCCCACCAAUUCUGAGGCCAUGGACGUGCUUGUGAAUGGGACCGGACCCUGCACCUAUACCAUCUCAGGCUCCAGAGAAUGCGAGGUCCCCCACCAGUUGGGGGCGCUGACCUUCUACCGCUAUGAGCAGCCUAUCGUGGACUACUGCCAGGCCCAUCAACCCCUGCGGCUCAACAUGGGCUACGAGGGACCCCCGCAGCGCCUGGAGGGCCUGGAGGACCUUGGCCCGUGUGAUAGGGGUACUAUACAGACAGUGGCGCUGCCAGCCGUGCCCUCUGCCACCAUCAUGGGUGCCCCUGCGCCAGGGCCUCGCUCUCCUCCACCCCCCCUCAGACCGCCGACUGAAGGUCCCAGCAGCGGUCCUUUCCCUCCCGCCGAACGCACCGGCACACUCAAAUUCGGACGCUAGUUAGCCGAGUCUGGUUGUGAGAAGUGGGGCAAGGGUCUCUGAUUCACCGCGACUUUGUAAUAAAGGGGCAGGUGUGCUGGUUAUUCAGUGGGGCCUUGUUUUCAGAACAUGAGUAUGUGAACUAAAGAACAACAUUUUUCUAAUUCUGCCUGGAAGGAAAUGGCA